GCUCAGUCGCAGGAUGAUGACGUCGCACAGAGCGCAGGGACAAUAACAACCUCCCGUCCCGGUGUUGUGCAAGUGAUCCAGCUCCUCCGAGGUUCUCCGCAGGGCCCCGGUUCCAGGUGACCCCCCGCAGACAUGCUCCUCCUGCGGCUCCGCUCCUCCGCCGGCGGCCUGCUGCUCGGCGGCCUCCGGGCAGGGCAGCGCGUCGCCGGGUCCGGAGGCUCCGGAUGGAGCUCCCGGUUCCGAUCCGCCAGCGGCGCGGUGAAGGAGGGCCAGCCGCUGAAGAAAGCCCGAACCCCGCAGGGACGCUUCGACAGCCCGGAGGACGCGAAGAGCAGGGACGCCCUGGAGAAGUUCCCCGACGACGUGAACCCCGUCACCAAGGAGAAGGGCGGGCCCCGGGGCCCGGAGCCCACCCGCUACGGGGACUGGGAGAGGAAGGGCCGCUGCGUGGACUUCUAGUCCGUCCUGAGGUCUGCUCAGAGCGAGGCUGGGACCAGCCUGGACUUCCUGUUCCUCUUGCAUGUGGAUUUAGGUUCUGCUGGGUUCUUCCGCCCGGACUCGGCCUGCUGUUCUUCAUGUGGCGUUCUGCUGCUCGCUCUCCGCUCAAUAAACCGCUGACAUGU